AAAUUAAUUUACAUUAUUCACGUUGAUAACCAUCUUCUAAACCAGUUGAGAUACGACGAGAACUGUAACUCAAUUUGCAAUAUAUGCAAAGAUGGGACAAAAAAGGAACACUAGUUAUCCCUUAGGAGACAACUCAAUCCCAGCCGUUAAAAUAAUGAUGAUGAUUCUACAGCCCAAUAAUCCAGCAUCUUCUAUCAAAACAGUAGCUUUAUGCUUCAUGUUCACCAUUUAAAAUUUAGGAGAAGACUAAUGUUAAAUGAUCUUUAGCUUAUUUUUUUACUUUCUGCAGAACUGAAAACACCCCAACUAUGUUAUUUAUAGAUUGUAUAAUUGUUUUUGAAUAAAGAAAUACAAGUGGAGUUUUCUGGUUGUUGAAUUGACUAGGGAAGGGAUUCUUGGUGAACCACAAAUCAACAAAACCAAUGAUUCUGUUUAUGUUGAGCUUUCAUUUUCUUUGAAGUUGAUUUUUGUUGUUGAGGUUGUUGUUUUAUGUUGUUUGACUUCAAUUUAAGCAACCCCUUUUCUUUCUUUCUCUUAAAGUUGUCUCUUUUUUUUGGGAAAUUGUAACUGUAAUGGACUUUGUUUCUUCAUCUGUGUUGCUCAAGAAUUGCUUGGAAGUGAAGAAUUUGAAUUGAUCUUGAAUGGGUAUGGCAAAAAGAUUAUAUUUUUUGAGGUUUAAGAGGAAAAAGUAUGGAGUUUUGCUUAGAGUUCUUUUUAGUUUAUGGUUCAUCCUUGAAGGGAUUUGCCCAGUAAUGGGUGUCAGGCCUCUCAGAGAAAGAUACCGUUCGUGGGGAGAUGAGUGGCUUCUGGUAAGAAAGGAUGAGAAUGAAUUGGGGCCUUUUUCUGCUUGGAAUAUAACAGGAACUUACAGAGGGUCUUGGAGGUUCCUAGAUUCAACAAAUAGCUCUUCCAGGUUUCCUGAUUUUAGGAAGUCCAAUGGCAACUCGGUCCUUGAAUUGAUAAGUAAUCCAACAAAAAUAACUGGUGUACAUUAUAUUCAGGGUGCAAUAAUUUUCCAUGAUGUGUUUGACAAUGAACAUGGAGUUGGUGCUGCACAAAUAAGGGUAGAAGGUGUAUAUAUAUGGCCAUUUAGACAACUUCGAAUGGUAGCUUACAGUGGCAAAGAUGGUGAGUUUGGACAGGAAGACGAUUAUCUAUUAUCAAAUCCAUAUCACUUGCUUGGAGUUUUCUCGUCCCAGAUAUUCCAGGAGUCUUCUCGAGAUAAGAUUUGGAAAAAGAAACACUCACCGUUUUACGAGAUGGAGAAAAAUUGUAAUAUAGAAAUUGCUGCACAAAUUGCUCGUGUCUCAUCCUCCUCAAAUGAUGCAGCUCGUGACCAUUAUCAACUAGAAGGAUUGAUAGAGAGCCCUUCAGUGGAUGCUGACGGGGACUGUUUCUCACCGAUGCUUUUGAAUGCUACUUCUGUCAAUAUAGAGGUUUACUACAACAAAGCGGUGAACUACACAUUGAUGGUCACAUUUAUAUCUUUUCUGCAAGUGCUCCUUCUGAUUCGACAAAUGGAACAUAGCAACACCCAAUCAGGAGCUGCGAAAGUUUCAAUUCUGAUGAUUGGACAACAGGCUAUCAUGGAUGCUUAUCUUUGUCUUUUGCAUCUGACCGCAGGGAUACUUGUUGAAUCCCUUUUCAAUGCUUUUGCAACUGCUGCAUUCUUCAAGUUUGUUGUGUUCUCGAUCUUUGAGAUGAGAUAUCUACUUGCUAUAUGGAAGGCAAAUAGGCCCAUGAAUAGCGUAGAGGGUUGGGAAGCAAUGAGGCGUGAAUUGUCAGUACUUUACAGCCGUUUCUAUGGGAUCCUUUUAGGCGGACUGUUGUUCAUGUAUGAGUUUCACAAGUUUCUGCGCCCUAUUCUUCUACUUUUACACUCAUUCUGGUUACCUCAAAUUGUAACUAAUGUCAUUCGUGACUCAAGAAAACCAUUGCACCCUCAUUACAUCUUGGGAAUGACUAUUACGCGUUUGGCAAUUCCAUUAUAUGUCUUUGGCUGUCCUCACAAUUUCAUGCGUAUAGAGCCUGAUAAGAAUUGGUGCAUCUGCUUGGGAGUUUUUAUUGUGCUGCAGGCAUCAAUUCUUCUGUUGCAGCAUUACCUUGGAUCUCGGUGGUUCAUUCCACGUCAGAUUUUACCUGAGAAGUAUAACUAUUAUAGAAGGUUUGAUCAGGGUGCAAAUCACGCCACUGACUGUGUUAUUUGCAUGACUGCUAUUGAUCAUACUCAACGCUCAAAUAAUUGCAUGGUGACACCUUGUGAUCAUUUCUUUCACUCUGGUUGUUUGCAAAGAUGGAUGGACAUAAAGAUGGAGUGUCCAACAUGCCGACGUCCUCUUCCACCCGCUUGAAUAAAUGUUAUUUCUUGAAUUCAUCUUGGUAGAGCAACUGACAUUGCCCGACCUGUUUAGAAAGCUUGCCAUUGUCCGAGUAAAGACUACGGGUGUGGAGGAAAACAUUUUCCGCAAAAUGUUCUAUAGUUCUCAUGUUCGGUUGGUCAAAAUUUUGGAAAAUAUUUUCUAUAGGAAAACAAGCUCAAUUUUGGAACACAGAAGUUGCCAGUCCAAAUUGACUGUUUCCUCUCCACCCUCCAGGACCUCAUUUUCACCCCAUCUCCACCACGUCACGCUCCUACCUCCACACCCUCACCUCCAAUAGUACUUAUCUAGAUUAUCUACAAAUGCUUUUAGGAUAAUAUUUUUUUGCUUGCAUUCUGAACACAGCAAGAAAAUAAGUAUGUAACUCAUUGGUUUUCUUGGAAAAUAUUUUCGUUCCUUCAGAACCUGCCUUACGGCAUGAUAGAUUUCCUUGUAAAUAGAUGUCUGAAGGUCGUUUUUCUGGCUAUGAUCCAGAAGGAAAAAUGUUUGACAAGGCUUCAUUCUCUCUUUCAGGUUGGAGACAGAGAGAAUUACAUAAGAAGUUUUCUGUAUAAAAGUUGAGCACAGAUUCACUAGACUUGCUGUAUAUCUUGUUGAUUAACUGUCUAUUCUUUUCUUAUAUUUCACAUAAAAACAAUAACAUUAUCAAAUAAUUCAUAGAAUUUAUGGAAUAUUUCUUAAUUUUUAUGUGCCAUAUUGGAGUA